UUCUCCUCUUUCACUUCGCUCUAUGAUCUAUCCUCACUUCCAUUUUCACCCUUUAUCUUCACUUCUUCUCCUCCUCCUCCUUCUCCCCCCUUUGACUUCUCCUUCUUCCUCGUUAAACCCUAGAAACACCUCCCAAACCCCUAAACGACGUCGUCGUCACCACCGGCGGAGCCAUGAAUUCCUCCGCUCUUCUCUCUCCUCCUUCCGCCCCUCCCCGCCCCCUCCUCCGCUCCCCCUUCCUCAACUCCAUCCCUCUCCGAACCACCACCACAGCCUCCCUUCGCCCCCAACGGCGUCGUUUCAGGGUCUCCGUUCCCAGAAACUCCACAACCCCCGCCGACCAAUCCGCCGCCGCCACGUCGUCGCCGCCCACUCCUCCCGAUGUCUUCGGAGGCAAGAAGGAGCUCACCGGGAUUCAGCUCAUCGUCGAGAAGCUCUCGCCGCCGCUGAGGCUUGCCAGCUCCGCGAUUCUCUUCGCCGGCGCCGUUGCCGCCGGCUACGGCUUGGGGUUCCGCUUCGGGAAGACUCAGAACGCGGCGCUGGGCGGCGCCGUGGCGCUCGGAGCCGCCGGUGGAGCAGCCGCCUACGCGUUGAACGCGUGCGUCCCUGACGUUGCCGCAGUCGAAUUGCACAACUACGUGGCCGGCAGCGACGACCCCAGGGCCGUCAAGAAGGUGGAAAUUGAAGGGAUUGCCAAAAAGUAUGGUGUGAGCAAACAAGACGAGGCGUUUAGUGCUGAGUUUAGUGAUCUGUAUUGCCGGUUUCUUUCGUCUGUACUUCCUCCAGGAAGUGAAGAUCUUAGCGGGAAUGAAGUCGAUACAAUCAUCAAUUUCAAGAAUGCUUUGGGAAUUGAUGAUCCUGAGGCAGCUGCCAUGCAUAUGGAGAUUGGUCGAAGGAUUUUUAGGCAAAGGCUUGAGACGGGAGAUCGUGAUGCUGAUAUGGAGCAACGUCAGGCAUUUCAGAAGCUGAUUUAUGUUUCAACUCUAGUAUUUGGUGAUGCGUCGUCUUUUCUCUUGCCUUGGAAACGUGUUUUCAAAGUCACUGAUUCUCAGGUUGAGAUUGCUAUCCGUGAUAAUGCGCAACGACUAUAUGCUUCUAGGCUGAAAUCAGUUGGCAGAGACAUCAGUGUUGGGCAGCUUGUUAGCCUCAGAGAGGCACAACGUCUGUAUCGACUUACUGAUGAGCAUGCUGAGGACUUGUUGAAGGAGCAUACAAGAAAACUGGUUGAGGAAAAUAUUUCAUCUGCACUCAGUAUAGUGAAGUCCAGAGCAAGAGCAGUUCAGGGAGUUAAGCAAGUUGUGGAAGAGCUUGAUAAAGGACUGGCCCUUAAUAAUUUACUUAUCUCAUUAAAGAACCACCCAGAAGCGGAUCGCUUUGCUCCUGGGGUCGGUCCAGUUUCUUUACUAGGUGGUGAUUACGAUGGUGACAAAAAGAUUGAUGACUUAAAGCUUCUUUUUAGAGCCUAUGUUACAGAUGCUUUAUCUGGUGGUCGCAUGGAAGAAAAUAAGCUUUCUGCUUUGAAUCAGUUAAGGAAUAUAUUUGGCUUAGGAAAACGAGAAGCAGAAGCAAUUGUGCUCGAUGUUACCUCAAAGGUAUAUCGUAAACGACUUGCACAGGCUGUUACUGGGGGUGAUUUAGAAAUGGCAGAUAGCAAAGCAACCUUCCUUCAAAAUCUCUGUGAAGAGCUGCACUUUGACCCACAAAAGGCCAGUGAGAUUCAUGAAGAAAUUUACCGGCAAAAACUUCAGCAAUGUGUGGCUGAUGGAGAACUGGAUGAGCAGGAUGUUGCUGCUUUGCUGAAGCUACGUGUCAUGCUUUGCAUUCCUCAGCAGACUGUUGAAGCAGCUCACUCAGAUAUUUGUGGCAGUUUGUUUGAGAAGGUUGUGAAGGAAGCAAUUGCAGCUGGAGUGGAUGGUUAUGAUGCAGAUAUAAAGCAAUCUGUCAGGAAGGCAGCACAUGGCUUGAGAUUGACUAGGGAGACUGCUAUGUCAAUUGCCAGUAAGGCAGUUCGAAAGAUUUUUAUUAACUACAUAAAACGAGCUCGGGCAGCUGGAAACCGUACUGAGUCAGCAAAAGAACUUAAAAAGAUGAUAGCAUUCAACACCUUGGUUGUGACAGAGUUGGUGAAAGACAUAAAAGGAGAACCAUCUGAUACUCCAUCGGAAGAGCCUGUAAAGGAGGAGCAAAAACAAGUCGAAGAGGAUGAGGAGUGGGAGUCUCUUCAGACACUCAGGAAAAUAAAGCCUAGCAAGGAGCUUGCUGCAAAGUUGGGAAAGCCUGGACAGACUGAGAUAACUUUGAAAGAUGACCUGCCGGAAAGAGAUAGGACUGAUCUGUACAAGACAUACUUGCUUUUCUGCCUAACUGGUGAAGUGACCCGAAUUCCAUUUGGUGCUCAGAUUACUACAAAGAAAGAUGAUUCAGAGUAUGUGCUACUGAAUCAGCUUGGUGGAAUUUUGGGUUUGGACACCAAGGAAAUAGUGGAAGUACAUAGGAGCUUGGCCGAGCAAGCUUUCAGGCAACAAGCAGAGGUGAUUUUAGCUGAUGGGCAAUUGACAAAAGCCAGAGUGGAACAGCUUAAUGAGUUGGAAAAGCAAGUUGGCUUGCCUUCACAGUACGCACAGAAGAUAAUAAAGAACAUAACAACAACGAAAAUGGCUGCUGCUAUUGAGACGGCCAUUGGUCAGGGAAGACUGAAUAUCAAGCAGAUCAGAGAACUUAAAGAGGCAAACGUUGAUUUAGACAACAUGAUAUCUCAGAGCUUGAGAGAGAACCUCUUCAAAAAGACCGUGGACGAGAUUUUUUCAUCUGGGACCGGAGAGUUUGAUGAGGAAGAAGUCUAUGAGAAAAUCCCGUUAGAUCUUAACAUCAAUGCUGACAAGGCAAAAGGUGUAGUCCACGAGUUGGCCCAAAGUAGGCUAUCAAACUCCUUGAUUCAGGCUGUUGCUCUGCUGAGGCAGAGAAAUCGUCAAGGAGUGGUUUCGUCGAUUAACGACCUCCUGGCUUGCGACAAAGCUGUUCCUUCGAAUCCGCUUUCAUGGGACGUGCCAGAGGAGCUUGCGGAUCUUUACACCAUAUACCUCAAAAGUGAGCCAGCACCUGAAAAGCUAUCCCGCUUGCAAUAUCUAUUGGGCAUAAGCGAUUCAACGGCCGCUGCUCUCCGGGAGAUGGGAGAUAGAGUACUUUCAAUCGGUGCAGAAGAAGAAAAGUUUGUGUUUUGAUUGUUCCAGAGACGUAGUGAAACUGAAAGGUACACAUAUGGGACAAUAAGCCAUGCGCUCAUUUUUGUUUGAGAAAAGAAAAUGUCAGGAAAAAUAGAAAAUGUUGAGAUUGUUAAUUUGUUUGUUAGAGAGGAGCUAUAGUUGUGAAUGCAAAUCGAAGAUUUUGAAACUCUAGAAUACUAAAAGGUUUUCUAAAUUUUGUUGUUGUGCCGUGCAAAUAUUCUCAUGGGGUAACAUUAAUGUAUUGUUGAGGGCCUGAGGCUAUUUUCUGUUUUA